CACCUCCCUUUCUCUUUCCGAUGCGUGUUUCCUAAAGCAGUGAAGCACAAGAAGAAAAACAAAAUUUUGCUGACGUUAGUGCCAUUUCUUUUCCCUCAGGGAAUGGGAAAUCUGAAGGAAAACACACGAAACCGAGCUUCGAAGCCUUCUCUUUCACUCUUCAGUUGAAUCAGCACUGAAGUGAUCUGUUGUUGGAAAGUGGCCAAAUCACUCACACAGCUAUUUUUCUUUCAUUUUAUAACAUUCCUCUUGUUUUUGGACAGGAAUUCUUUUACAUUGUACGGUUUUAAGUGCUGCAAGGAUCUUGGUUUUCUUCACCCAGCAUAUUAGAGUAGAUUUAUGCAUGAUCAGGAAGCAAACUGCAAGAAGGCAGCUAAGGGUUGGAAACCUUGUCGCUACCACUCUUUGCCUUAUUGCCUUCUACUUUGGUUGACUAAAAUACAUGGAUGUUACGUCUCUCGGACCAAAUAGUAACACCCAAACUGAUCAAUACCCUUUGCUGAUGGAGCAGCCAGAAACCCACAGUGGUCAUCAGCACGUAAUUGACAUUACAAGAAAUAGUAAUGACUUAUCCAGCUCUACUCAAGAUGAUCAACAUCGUGAAUUGCAUUUGCCACAUGAUGAAGAUCAACCAUCAGUUGGCACGCAAGUUCCCACACCCCAAUCAUCAUCAUCUUCAUCAUCCAGGUUAAACUCUACCAAUUCCUCAUCGACAAGAAGAGGUGAGGGAUAUGGUCAUCACAGAAGAAGCCCACUGAAUUCUGGACUAUGGAUUUCUGUUGAGCUUGUUGUCACUGUGGGUCAGAUCAUAGCAUCUAUUGUUGUCUUGUCAAUAUCCAGGAAUGAAAAUCCCAAAGCUCCAUUAUUUGCAUGGAUUGUGGGUUAUGCGUCUGGUUGUGUUGCUACACUUCCUAUUCUUUAUGUUCGUUAUCAAAACCGUAAUCAAAGCACUGGACAAAAUUUGUCUCAGCCAUCUCAGGGAUCUUCUGGAAGCAAUCCUCCAGAACGGACUUCUUAUACUGCAAUCUCUGUUGCUUAUGUUUCCGACGAAGAGAAUAGCCGUACUACUGAAUCAGCUACAGGAAAUGCUGGGAUUCCUGGAUCCCUUAGUUCUAGGUUUAGUGGUCUAGUAGACCAUUUCAAAAUGGCCUUAGAUUGCUUCUUUGCGGUUUGGUUUGUUGUGGGCAACGUUUGGAUCUUUGGAGGUCACUCUUCUCCUUCUGAUGCUCCAAAAUUAUAUAGAUUAUGUAUAGUGUUUCUUACCUUCAGCUGCAUUGGAUAUGCUAUGCCAUUUAUACUAUGUGCAACAAUUUGUUGCUGCCUACCUUGCAUAAUUUCUGUUUUGGGGAUUCGAGAGGACUUUUCUCAAACUAGAGGAGCCACAGUUGAAUCUAUUAAUGCCCUGCCUAUAUAUAAGUUCAGUUUGAAGAAAAGCGAAAAUAAUGAUGAUCCGAAUGGCAAUACAGAUAUAGAUGAAGGAGGGACCUUGGCUGCUGGGACGGAAAAGGAGCGAUCCAUAUCUGGAGAAGAUGCUGCUUGUUGCAUUUGCUUGGCGAAAUAUGCAGAUGAUGAUGACCUUAGGGAGCUACCUUGCUUCCAUGUCUUUCAUGUUGAGUGUGUGGACAAGUGGCUAAAGAUAAAUGCAUGUUGUCCUCUCUGUAAAAGCGAGGUCGGUACAAGUGUCCUUUCAGCAGGGGAGUCCAGUUAGCAUCAGAGGAGAAUGGUUGCCGAGUCAGCCACAGGCCCUACAAGGGCUGGUAGUUGCUUUCCUGAAGAUGAUACGCCCUAAUGAAGUUGCAGCCUUUAAUGCCUGUGCCAAGCAUUUGGACUCUGCUUUUCAGCGUCACACGUGGCCUGAGAGCUGAAGAUAGAUUCCAAUUUUUUUUUUUUAAUAAAAAAAUAUCUUCAAGCAUAUAUAAGUAUCGAUCAUAAACCUUUGAAAUGCUUAUAAUGACAUUCACCGCCCUUCUCUGCUCACCUUUUUCCUGCCUUGAUAUGCUUAUGAAGUCUUGUUGCUAGAAUUCUGUUUACAGUUUACUUAUUCUUUUUUCAGUUCGCGAUAUGUAAAUAUAUGUACGAAAAAUUAAUGAAACUGUUGACUUGAACUUCAAGCUCU